CAUGAAAACGGAUGUGAAACGCUUGAUAAUAUACGGCAUGCUUCGUUUAAUCUUGUCGCUCUCGUACGAUAGAACAGAUUGCAAUCUGUUUGUUCAUAUUGACAACGUGUGUGAUGUUUUAUUAAACGUGGAGAAAAAGCAAAGUUAACUGUAACUGCGUAAACGAGCAUGUUCUUGUUUCGAGAGCCCCCUCUUUUUUUUCUUUCUCUCUCUUUCUCAAUGUACUACUCUGUCACAAUCAGCAUUUGUCUUCUAGCAGGUUAAUACGGCGAUUCGACGUUUCGUAGCGCGGCUUUAAAUGCAAUUUUUUGUCAGAUAGCUAUACCUCAGGCUUUUCUAAGGCUAACAGCGCUUUUGUAGAAAAAUGGCGUUGCAAUAGCCCUGAUAUUGUUUUGAAACGAAAAUUAUCAUUGACGAUCAUCGAAGCCGCGAACAAACAUUAUGGAUAUUUCGAGUAUGCUUGAGGUUCAAGUUAAAGAGGAAACAGAUGUUAAAGAGAACGUGACACCAGUGAGAGACCAGACUUCUACAAGCACAAGCAUGGCCAAUCUACCGAUUUCUCAGGAGGAAAGCAAUUUCUACAAACACAUGUUCGGCAAUGAUAUUGCAACUGUAAGAUUUCGUAGACUCCAUUGUACGGCUUGCGAUACACACAUUGGUUCUGCUCCGGCUCAUGCUUAUAACAUGUUUAAACAUCCUGUACUUUACACAUUGUUGUGCUCUAAUUGUUAUGAAUUUUAUGGAGAUGGUAACUUUGAACAAGGUGAUGAUGCCACAGAUAUGUUCUGUAGAUGGUGUGCAAACGGUGGAAAUUUAUAUUGCUGCUCAUAUUGCAGCAAUACAUUUUGUUAUAGAUGUAUAAGAAGAAAUUUUACAGCUUUGGUAAGAAAAAAAAUUGAAGCUGAUGAAAGAUGGAAAUGUUUUGUAUGCAAUCCUAAUGACUUGUAUACCAUGAGAGCUGUAUGUUGGGCUUUACUUCAACAUGUGCAAACAGUGACAAGGAUACUCAAGAACGAUAAGAAAAUGACUCCCGAAGAGAUCGAGGAAAAGAUGAAUUUAGACGAGUCUACGUGUUGCCCGCGCAGAAGUAAGCGCAAGCGGCGAAGACUCGAUUCUAAUUCUGAGGAGGAGGACGAGACAUAUACACCUAAAGUCAAUGGGAUACCGGUAAUGUACACGAAACGGAAAAUCAAGAAAAUCAAACCGAUCACGUAUACAAGUCAGAUCACUAAUCCAAACGGCAACGUUACCAAACAAUUACAGACCUAUUCCAAUCAGCCUAUUCCUAUCAGGCCACGUCCAAUUGCGCUAUUGAGCGGCCAAUCUUUUAAUCAGACUGAACCACUGCAAACUGUGAUCAAUCAAAAGGAACGAACCAACUCGUCGGACAAUAUCAUGGUUUCGUCAACAAAUAUGAUGAACUCGAGUGCAUCAUUAUCGUCGAGAUAUAAUGCUGGUGUAUUACAAAAACAAACACCUUCAUUUCGCACGACUUUUAUGAACGCCAUAGCAUCUAAUGCUUAUAUGCAACCAUCUACUGCAAUGAACACAACACAUCAGAUCAUCCUUCCGGCACAGACAUCAGUACCGCUUCAACCACAAUCACAAUCACAACUACAAUCACAGCCGGUCUCGUAUCAAUCAUCACAGCCGAUCUCGUAUCAAUCGUCGCAGUCGUUGCAGUCUCCGCUGAAUACAAUGGUAUCGAUACCCAAUUCGAUGAGCCAGUAUAAAUCUCGAAUUCUCCUUCCAAAGCAAAAAGAAUCCAAUCUCACGCUGAUUCCCAAUAUAAUUGAGCUGGACAGCGACUCUGACGAUGAGCUAAAAGUUGUUGAGCAACCAAAUGUUUCAACAGCCAAUAAAAAUGACAACGUGGAUACUUCUUCUAACAAGGUAGUACCUGUCGCUCUCGCGUGGGACGAUGACAUUAGAGAAGAACAACCCUUAAGGAUAAUGCAUGCAACCCAAAAGGAAACGAGCGUCGGGUCUUUCAAAGAGACAAUGCUACCGCACAGUCGAGAACUCGAUAAACUUUUCAGUGAUGUGAAAGAAAAAGUGUGUAGUUUCUAUGACUUAAACGACGCGAUUCAAGACAUUGAAUUGGCGGCGGAACAGAAAAUGAAACAGUACUACCAUAAUAUGUGCAACACGGUUCUUCAGUUAGCGCAUAUUAACGAUAGAGUAGUGCGUGAAUACAACGACUGGAUGAGGUCUCGGAAGACGGAAACGGACAUGCCAUCUUCAACUGACGUGAACGCUUUGACGUCUCGAGAAAACAUAGACAUUUCUUUAGACAUGACUUGCGUCAAUGAUUCUGAUAACGAAUCAGAGUGCGAGAUAAAUCAGAUAAAGGAGCCGUCGGACAUUGUUAAAAGUAGUAAUAUUGUUAAAAACUUGUUAUUUUAUAAAAAGGACGUUGUGCAUCGUGGCGUUGGUAACGAUAGUGUACAGUUUAUGGAUAAAACGACUCAGAUGUACGAUGUCUCGAGGAACUAUGACAAAUGUAUUUCUCAUUGUGUGUUGACGAAAGCGGAUCAGCGUUCGAAGGCAGACGACACUGUUUUGGAACCAGUGGCACCUGAUAAGAAUUUUGGCAAGUAUGAAGAACAGUUUAUCUUUUACUUGCAGCACAUUGAGGAUCAUGGCAUCGAAACGGAAGAUAUGAAAGGUUUGGACAACUCGGUUGAAAUAUCGCUUCAAGAACAGAUAGAAACAAAUUCACCGCAAUUGUUCGAAAAUAUCGCUUCUGCUAAUCAGUCAACAACCUAUGAACAAGAAAUAAAUUUAAGGAAUGGAGCAGCUGAGGAUGACAAAAUUGACACACCAGUAAACAUAGACGAUAAAGACAAAGAAAUUGUUGAUAAUUCGGAUUUUGAUAUUAGAAUAAAAGACAUAAAUAUACUUAAUGACAUAUUACAAGAAACAGAAUCGCAAAAAAUAUGCAGUCAUACGACGGACGCAGAUGCAGAUGCAUUGGUAAUAUCAAAUGAUGAUGCUAUGAGUUCAAGUAAAAAUAUUAACGACGCGGUAAAUAUGGAAACAACUGCUUCGGUAGGAAGUGAAGAGGAUUGUACUAUUAUUGAUGAUUAAUGAGAGGUAUCCUAAGAUAUAAUUAAAAUAUUCUCGCUAUUCUUUCAGUUACAAUCUAAUCGUAAAAACGUGUUUAGAAUUUGUAUAUUUUUUUUACGUUUUGAUGUAUAAACAUGAUUUAAACUGUAUAAAAGUUGGGUAAUUUAUUUUUAUAUUAUAAUAAAAUUUGUAAAUGAAUUUAAAAAAAGCUUAUUUCCACAAAAAAUAACAAAGUGUGUUUUACAUUUUCUUUGAUAUUUCUAGAUGUUUAAUGAUAUUAUUAGAUCACAACUUUGCCAUAAAUUGAGUUUGACAAAUAUAAAUUCAGUUUGAUAUAUUUUAGGAAAUAAGCUCUCUAAAUCUCAUAUCUAAAUUAAUGAUAAACAAAAUUUUCCUUAGAUUGCACAAUCAAUCACUUAAUGGCAUAUGUUCUAUUACAAUCUUCGAAGUUUUCUAUAUCUAGAAAGUUUAUAAUAACAAUUGAGAAUGAGAAGAGAGAAAUAGAGAGAGAGAGAGAGAGAGAGAGAGAGAGAGAGA